AUGUCCGAGACCAAACUGGACGAUCUCCUUUCUUGCAGGAACUGGUCUUCUGUUCCAGAACUGAAUGAUACUCGGGAGCCUUUUUCAAUCCCCUCUGCUGACUAUAAUGAUGAGGAAUUUCUGCGAUACCUUUGGAGGGAAUAUUUACAUCCCAAAGAAUAUGAAUGGGUCCUGAUUGCAGGGUAUAUUGUUGUGUUCAUUGUGGCUCUCAUUGGAAACAUCCUGGUUUGUAUUGCAGUGUGGAAGAACCAUCACAUGCGGACAGUUACCAACUACUUCAUAGUAAACCUCUCGCUGGCUGAUGUUCUUGUCACAAUCACUUGUCUUCCAGCCACGUUAGUAGUGGAUAUCACAGAAACUUGGUUCUUUGGGCAGACCCUCUGCAAGGUGAUCCCCUAUUUACAGACUGUGUCAGUCUCUGUGUCUGUACUAACACUUAGCUGCAUCGCUUUGGAUCGCUGGUAUGCAAUUUGUCACCCUUUGAUGUUUAAAAGCACAGCCAAGAGGGCAAGGAAUAGCAUUAUCGUUAUCUGGAUUGUGUCCUGCAUUAUAAUGAUUCCUCAGGCUAUUGUUAUGGAGUGCAGCAGUAUGUUCCCAGGAUUAGCUAACAAAACUAUCUUAUUCACAGUUUGUGAUGAGCAAUGGGAAGGUGAGGUCUACCCCAAAAUGUAUCACACCUGUUUUUUUCUGGUGACAUACGUGGCACCGCUGUGUCUUAUGGUGUUGGCCUAUUUACAAAUAUUUCGAAAACUAUGGUGCCGCCAGAUCCCAGGAACUUCCUCAGUAGUUCAAAGAAAAUGGAAGCCUCUGCCCUCUUUAGCACAGCCCCGGGGGCUGGGACAAUCAACCAAGUCAAGGAUUGGUGGGGUAGCAGCUGAAAUAAAACAGAUUCGAGCCAGGAGGAAAACAGCACGUAUGCUAAUGGUGGUUCUCUUGGUUUUUGCACUUUGCUAUCUACCAAUUAGUAUCCUCAAUGUCUUAAAAAGGGUUUGGGGGAUGUUUAACUAUGCUGAUGACAGAGAGACUGUGUAUGCCUGGUUUACAUUCUCGCACUGGCUUGUGUAUGCCAACAGUGCAGUGAACCCUAUCAUUUAUAACUUUCUCAGUGGAAAAUUUCGAGAAGAAUUUAAAGCAGCAUUUUCUUGCUGCUGGCUUGACAUUCACCAUCACCAGGAUGAACGACUCACCAGGGGCCGUGCAAGCACUGAAAGUCGGAAAUCCUUGACCACCCAGAUCAGCAAUUUUGAUAAUGUUUCAAAACUUUCAGAACAUGUUGUGCUGACCAACAUGAGCACACUCCCAGCAAAUGGUGUCACAGCCAAACUCAGCCCAUUGAAGUCAGUGGAAUUGCACCUGCGUACACCAGGGAUGAACACGACUUCAAGUUUAGAUGAAGCAGAAGGAGUUUCUGUGGAAGACAGUGGCACAACAGAGAAUACAGAGUGGGCCAAAUUCAUUCCUGCUGUAACCAAACUGACCUUACUGGAGUUACAUCAGGGAUGA